AAAAAAAAAAAAAAAAAAAAAAUUCCGAUAUUAGGAAAUUUAUGGGUCAAUUAUUUUUUCUUGAUGCUCUUUUUAUUGUAAAGAACUUUUAACCUCGUGAGAUAAUUUCCUCAUGAGAUAAUUACCUCGUGAGAUAAUUUUUAAUUUAACCUAGUGAGAUAAUCAACCAAUAAAAGUUGUGCCGAUCUACGAUAGUUCUACGAUUAUUCAGCAAUAUCUUGUAGAAACUUUUCUUCCCCAUUACUGUAUUAUAUAUUUAUUUUAACUUGUUUUUAAGGACUUUAAAUUUGAAAAUUAUCAAUAAAACUAUAUAAAAAUUCAGAUAUAAAAAAGUUGUUUUCGUUUUUUCUUAAAUUUAAACAUGGGUUUGUUAUCUUUGGGUACACCAUUACCAUGGGAAGAAGCAAAAAAUUAUGCGGAUUAUAUUCGCCAUCAUGGUAUAAAGCAAUUUUUAUGGAUUUAUCAUAAAUUAAAAGAUAAACAAAACGAUUGUUUAUUAUGGGGUGAUGAGGUUGAAUAUAUGGUAAUUGCAUUUGAUGAAGAAAAUAAGAAUGCAAAAUUAUCCUUAAGAUUAUAUGAAAUUUUGAAUGAAUUACAAAAAGAGGAAGAAGCAGCUUUAAAAAAUCCAAAUUCUGAUAAAAUGGUUAAAACUUCAUGGAAACCGGAAUACGGGGCAUAUAUGCUUGAGGGUACUCCAGGGGUCCCAUAUGGAGGAACUUUGAAGGAAUUACUUCAAGUUGAAUCAAACAUGAAGUAUCGUAGACAACUUGCAGCAAAAUAUAUGAAACCGAAUGAAGUUCCAAUUACUAUAGCUAGUUUUCCAAGACUUGGUUGCCAAGGUCAAUUCCUGGAGCCUCAUUAUGAACCAAAGGGUGAAGCUUCAAGAAGCUUAUUUGUACCUGAUGAAAUAAUUAAUCCACAUGCAAGAUUCCCGACAUUAACUGCUAAUAUUCGAAAACGCAGAGGAUCGAAAGUUGCAAUUAAUAUGCCAAUUUUUCAUGAUAUAAAAACUCCAAAACCUUUUAUAGAUCCAACAAUUCCAAGAAAUCGUAAUUUAUUUCCCGAAGACAAGGAGGCUGCUGAAGGCAUGGCAUUACCUGACCAUAUUUAUAUGGAUGCCAUGGUUUUUGGUAUGGGUUGUUGUUGCCUUCAGAUUACUUUUCAAGCUUGUAAUAUUGAAGAAGCAAGAAGACUUUAUGACCAAUUGGCUAAUAUAGGUCCUAUAAUGUUAGCUUUAUCAGCAGCUGCUCCAAUUUAUAGAGGAUAUCUUUCAGAUGUGGAUUGUAGAUGGAAUGUUAUAGCAGGCAGUGUUGAUGAUCGUACUAAAGAAGAACGUGGUCUAGAGCCUCUUAAGAAUAAUCGUUUUGUUAUUAAUAAAUCUCGUUAUGAUUCAAUUGAUUGUUAUAUCUCUACGGAUAAGACAUUUAAGCCUGAAUAUAAUGAUUUGGAUUUAGUGUACGAUAAAGAAAUCUGUAAAAAUUUGAUGGAUAAUGGAAUUGAUGAACUUUUAGCUCGUCAUGUAGCUCAUUUGUUUAUUAGAGAUCCUUUAGUUAUUUUUAAAGAAUCAUUGGAGGAACAGAAUGACGAAAACGUUUCUGAUCAUUUUGAGAACAUACAAUCAACAAAUUGGCAAACAAUGAGAUUUAAACCUCCCCCACCUAAUUCAAACAUAGGUUGGAGAGUAGAAUUUCGCAGUAUGGAAAUUCAAAUCACAGAUUUCGAAAAUGCUGCAUUUGCAGUAUUUAUUGUUUUAUUAACUAGAGCAAUCUUAAGCUAUGGAUUAAAUUUUUAUAUCCCUAUUUCAAAGGUUGAUGAAAAUAUGAAAAUGGCUCAUAGAAGGGAUGCCGUAUUAAGUGAGAAAUUUUGGUUUAGGAAAAAUGUGUUUGAAAAAAAUAAUAUUAUGUAUGACGAUUACGUAAAUGUAGAUAAUGAUAAUAUAAGCAUACAGCAACAAAAUGUACAUAAUAAUAAUAACUCAUUAGAUAAUAAGUCAAUUUCCAUUGAAGAUGAAUAUGAACAAAUGAGUAUUGAUAAUAUUAUUAAUGGAGAUGGUGAUAAGUUUCCGGGAUUGAUAACUUUAAUAAAUCAUUAUCUAGAAUCAAUUAAUAUUGAUAUUGAAUCAAGAUGUAUAUUAGGAAAAUAUUUGGAAUUUGUUAAAAAAAAGGCUAAAGGUGAAAUACAAACAACAGCAAAGUGGAUACGUGAAUUUGUUAGAUCCCAUCCAAAAUAUCAACAGGAUUCUGUUGUUACGCAAGAAAUUAAUUACGAUCUAAUGAAAACUAUUGAGAAGAUUCAAAAAGGCGAAGCAGAGACUCCUGAAUUAUUGGGGAAUUUUAAAGUUUAAAAUAAUUUAAAGGUAUAUUUAUAUUUUGAUUAUUUAUUUAGUAUUACGUAAUAUUUUAGGGGUUUUUGAAGG